CAAGAGAGAGGUGGAGUUACUGUGAUUGCGCAAUGCCUGAGCAGAUACGCCCACUAUUUGAGUGUGCGGGUUUUGAGGGUGGGGCUCCUUGUUCAACUGCAACCAACCACACCCAAUGUUUGUGUGUUUGUGCAAAGAAUUGAUUCUCCUGCAGACAAGAAAUGAGUCAGGAGCCCUCACAAAAGUUGAGUGGAGGUAUCACUCCAGAGCCUCCUGUGGAGAUGCCUCCUGCACAUAUUGCAGUCACCAGGAACAAUGUAGACCAGUUGUCAGAGCUGGUGGCCAGUGGGGAGAUCUUAGUGGACCCUGGUAACCAAGAAACAGUGCUGCAUGCAGCUGUGAGAGCUGGCUCAGGAGAUGCAGUCAAGUAUAUCCUCAGAGAGAAGUUGGUCUCCCCCACAGCAUUGUCUGUGGCUGGCCAUACUGCAGCUCACUACGCUGCACUCUACAAUCAGCUGGAUCUGCUCAAGGUUGUGCUGACUUACGACAGUGGUUUGAGCCACCAGCUUGCUCACCAAACUGAUGAGACAGGUCUCUCUCUACUCAGUUUAGCGGCACUUGGAGGUAACAAGGACAUGGCUGAGUGGUUAUUGGAGGGCUACCCGGACCUUGCGAAUGUAGCCAAUAGUAAUGGCAACCUGCCCGUACACUUUGCAGCUGCUCAAGGGCAAUUAUCGAUAGUGAAGCUACUGGUGACCAAGUGUGGGCGUGAUAUGGCGGAGACACAAGACUCCCGGCAAACACGACCAGUCUACUUUGCAGCUCAAGAAGGUCGUAUGAAAGUGCUGGAUUACCUUAUCAACGAACUUGGAGUGGAUGGUGUUGCUAAGGACAAGGACAAUAUGAGCUGUGUACACGCAGCCACUCAGGGCAAUCAUCCCACCACUGUUAAGUGGCUCGUGAACAAACUGGGCACUAGUUUCAUAACUGACAAGACUACCGAUGGAGCCACUCCACUACACAUGGCAGCCUCCCAAGGCAACCUGGAUAUCCUGAGGUUCUUCCUCGAUCGUCUGGAGAAUGAAGGAGAUGUCAAUAUCCAGGACAGUAUCCAGGCAACACCCGCCCACGAUGCAGCUGAGUUUGGACAGACCCAAGCCAUGAUUCUCCUCCUCAAGGCUGGAGCUGACCUCAGCAUUCAAGACUAUGUGAACAAGACCCCCCAACAGUUGGCAGUGGAGCAGGAACACACUGAACUGGCUAACCUCAUCAGUGACUAUCGUAAGGGAGGCCUACCCGCCAUUGCCAAGUAUGAGAAGAGGAAGAAACGCUCGAGAGAAGAUGAUCGUGAGAAGGGUCGUAGUGACGCUCGUACAUCUCGUCAGGAAGCCAUGGAACUGUCCACCGUCAUACAAGCCACGGCUGAAGUGGUAGACAAGAGGAGAGAGCAAACUCUCCAGAGACAGGAGUCUCUCAAGAAGAUGAACGAGGUCGGGUUGGAGGACCAAUCAAAAGAGCCGCUGGUCAAUGGUGGGCAUGGCAAUGGUGGGCGUGGCAGGUCUCGUGGACGUGGGCGGAGUGCAGAGGAAAACGACAUCGAACACCAUCUAGGACCACUCGGUGGUAUCUAUGCUCGUCCGAACAAGACAGCAGGACGUAGCAAAUCAGGCUCCAAACACAACAGUGACAUAGAGGACUUUAUUGAUGAGACAAUGUCCCAUCGUUCUUACUCCUCCCACAAACACCGUAGCCCUCCUUAUCGAAUGCCACCUGGUAUGGAGGAGGGACCUUACACUGCCAUUAACCACGAGACUGCCUCUAAUGUCAGCCGUCCAUCACGUGUCAAGCGUUACCAUGACAGUGACUCAGAGGUCAGCAGCUUUGCAGGAUCAGCAGGACAUUUCUAUCACUCUGGUCAUUACCCCAUGCCAAUGGGUGGUGGCUAUGGGCAGUUCCCUCCACCCCUCCCCCCUCCCCGUGGUACUCGGAGCAUAGCCUCCAGUAAAGGCUCCUCCUAUGCAGGGGGUGCUCCUCGUAUGCCCCCCUAUGGGGGUAUGCCCUACGGCUACCUCCCUAACAUGUACUACGGAUACCAUCCUCCCUAUGCAGGCGGACCUGGCUACCCCCCACAGGCGGGCUCUAGAUACCCCCCACAGGGCGGACCUAGAUACCCUCCACAGCAUUAUGGGAUGCCAAUGUACGGCCCUCCACCUGGACUCUACUUACAGCGCCAUAGACUACACCACCAACAGAUGGUCGGGAGAAAGGCGCAACUACUCAACAAGAAGAAGAAAAAGGGUCAGACUCCUAGUUACGAUGCCUCGGCUGAACACUCUGGCACCCACACUCCAAGGAAGCACACAGAUCAGGACAUGGGCUAUGGUCCGUCAAUGCUGGGGGCAAAGAUGAAGGCUGGUGAUGACCACGUCUUCCACCCACCAGCUCCACCUAUCACACAAACUGACGGCUCAAUGGAAGCACAUCACGAGGUUGUACCACAUGACAGCAACUUCAUCAUGGCCAAGCGUACCGACGAUGGCUCCACCAUUAGGAAGAUUGGCGAGACCACACUGAACCCUAAUCAACAUCAGAGGGAAUAUGAUGGUCGCUAUGACAAGUACAUCAUGACUGACUCAGAGUCUGAUACAGACCUCCCGGAACAUGUGGGUGUGGCUUGUGCUGCUGAGUCAGUUGCUAUUGUUGCCAUUGGUUGCGUGGCCGGACUAAGAGGACUCGCCAAAAUGAGGAAAGACAAACCAUCCAAGGUGGUUGCCGCUAGUGAUAAGCCGAGACUGUCCUCUGCGUGGGAUGAUACGUUAGAUCGGGGGGGCAGUAAGGGACAACACGAGGGGUCCUCAACGGCGAUAGACGACCCCCUGCUGAGAGGAAUGAGCCCUGAGGAGUUCGCCAGUCACGAGGAGUGGGAACGCAGUGACUGGGACCAAGGAAGUGGAGGAGGAAAAAAGAAGAAGAAAACAAAGAAAAGGGACAAGAAGAGCUCUGCAGAGGUUAAAGGUCAGACAACGCCGGGUCCAGUGGAGCCUCAGAGUGACUUAUUAGCAGCUGAGAUACACAAGCAUGCAAGUGCCAGUGUCUCUAAGGGCCUGGGGGAACAGAUCCUCUUCUCUGCCCUCGGUGCUAGGCACUCCUCCAUGCUGGACAUAGCCGCCAGUGUUCCCGGCUCAAGGAUAUCUCUAAACAUGAGCAGUGAGGGGGAAGAUGACGAUGAUGACUUCAAUACCGCUAUCUCCAUGGUAACUGGGACCCCCCUGAAGGGCAACGCAAAGCUACAACAGUCAAAAUCAUUUGAUUUAAGUGCCAUUGGGAAAGAGGCGGAGGAACCAAAGAAGAAGAAGAAGAAGAAAGAGAGAGCCACGGAUUCUUCUGCGUCUGAUACCAAGAAGAAAGAAAAGAAAAAUCGCAAAGGAAAAGAAAAGAAAGAGCAGACAGAGCAGGAGAAACGCCAACAAGAACAAAAGGAUUUGGAACAAAAAGAGAAACUAAAGAAAGAACAAGAACUGAGGGAAAUAGAGCGAAGGGAGCAAGAAAAGAGAGAUCGUAAAGAACAAGAAAAGCAGGAACUAGAGCGGAGAGAGCAAGAAAAGAGAGGUCGCAAAGAACAAGAGAAGCAGGAAUUGGUGCGAAGGGAGCAAGAAAAGAAAGAUCGUAAAGAACAAGAGAAGGCACUGAAAGUCAGGAAAGAACAAGAGAAGAAGGAACGUCGUGAGCAAGAGAAACGUGAGAAACAAGAGGUAAAGGUUCGGGAGAAAGAGCUUAAGGCGCAAGCCAAGAAAGAGAAGAAGAUAACAUCUGUUGAGGUAAAGGCUCCUCUUGUGUCAACCACACUCCCCGGGGCGCCCCCCACAGAGCCCCACAGAUCACCCCCCACCUCACAAGUAAGCGACCCGACCACCUUCUCCAUCACUCCUCGUGAGGACCAGAAGCCAACGCAACGCAAGUUCGCCCCACCCCCUCCAGUCAACACAGGGCCAAAGGAGGUAGCAAACAAGGUAACAAUGUUUGACACUGAGAGCGAGAGCGAGAGCGAGGAUGAGAAGGUCAAAGUUCAGAAGCCCCCCAAGACCACAGGAGGAUUUGACAUGGUACCAAAACCAGUCCAUCCACCACCCCCGCAGAAUGAGGUCCACUACAUAGAAUCCGAUGACCAGAGCUUGGAUAUAUUUGGAGUAGACGGACUGGCAGAAUUGAACGAUGCUCUCAGAGAACUGUCAAACAUUCAAUCGUACACAGAGCCAACACCAGUGCCCGCUAAGAAGGUGUCCGUAGCAGUUACCGUAGCAACCAAGCAGCGAGAGAGUACGAGGAGCACGUUGGAGAAAGGUGUGGGAUUCAAGAAAACAUCGAGUGGUGGUUCUGGUAGCUCUGGAAGUGGGCGUGGUCAGCUCCCUAAUGAGAGGCGUGGCAAUCCCCCCACUGGGGGGCGUGUGUCAGGGGGUAUGACAGUAGUAGGGACUGGAACCAACGCUAACCUCACGUCCACCAAUAUCCAAGUAGAGGGUGGCUACUCGUCAAACUUUGAGGAGAAUGUGCUGAACAUUUUGAAGGGAUUGACGGACACUAUGCAACAGAUGAGAUCCAACCCGUCAGUCACCCAGUCAGAGAUCAAGCAACAGGAGAUCCUUCAACAACAGAUGAUUCAAAACCUGAUCUCCUACAGUGAGAAUAAUCCUCAACUGACCAGCAAGCUACUGCUCAUGUUGAAACAAGAGCAGAAACCAACAGACUACGUGCAGAGUGAUGCUACUAAGAGUGCUUUUGAGAUGUUGGAGCAGAAGUUGCUGGAGGCUCAGGAGGUGCAGUCAAGGCAUGCCAAGGAUUAUAUACGCACACAAGAAGAGUUCCAACAAGCCAUGUACCUGAAGUUAGAGGAGCAGGCACAGCAACAGCUCAAGCUGAUUCAAAGCAACUUUGAGAAGUAUUCGCACUUGUUGAAUGAGAGGACACCAAAAAAGAAGAAGAAGAGCAAGAGCAAGAGCAAGAGCAAGAAUAAGCACAAGAGACAGAGUAGUUACUCUGAUGAUGGCACCUCCAGUGAGUCAGACGAUGGUCUGGUGCAGCCAAUGAAGCAAACCUCAGUCUCAAAACCAGCUGUGAGGACAAUGCAAGCAAGGAUCUAUCAUCAGGACAUGCUGGAUGAAGAGUCUAUGAGAACCUCAUCUUCCUCAUCCCUCACUGGCAAGCUAAGAGAGAAGAAGCUAAGUAGAGACAAACUGCGGAAACAGGACACCUCACUCAACUUUGAUAGGACAACAGAAGCUCUCAAGCGUUUUGAGAGUGUCACCGCUCCCAUUGAUGAGGACGAUGAUGAUGAUGAUGAGAUGCAGCAUGCUCAGCGGAUGCGACCUGUUACUCUCAAGAAAGCUGACAUCAUGAAGAUUUCUAAGCAAAGAGAGAUGGAGAAGGCCGUCACCUUCAACGCAGCAGCUGUGGUUAACAAGAGUGCAGCUGUGGUUAGCUUCUCUGAGAGCAGUCAGCAGCAAAGCAAGGCCCAUAUGAUGAGGAUAGGGGGAGGCGGUCCAGAGGCUAGAGGUCCGAGACACGAGAAACCCUUGGAGAAAUUUGACAGCAAAUACGGGAACCAUGUAGAGACCAACGAACACAAGAAGAACUUGCAGCCCGUGGAUUCAACGAUUGAGGGGGCGGGAGGAGAGUUGGCCAACAUUCUCAAGAACCAACAGCAAAGGAUUGAAAAUAGGGACUGAUGACAUCAUCAUGACAUCACUUAUAGAGACUUAGAAACUGUGCACAUGCAAACACUUGGUAUAUAAUAUUGUUUAUUAAGUAUAUAUGUAAAUUUGCUGACACAUUUUCGUGUUUAAGAUUAAA